AAAACAGCAAACAGUUUUGAUGAUAAAAAGCUAUGGCGGUUGCUCUAUCUUCUUCUUCCGGCGUCGUCUCUCAUCUUCUUCCUCCGUCGUUUUCCUCGUCGUCAGGUGUGUCCGUCAACAGAGUUCUAUUUCGGAAUCGGAAAUCUAGUCCUUGUAGUCUAUCUCUUCCAUUUCACAGUCCAACUCCUCGAUCUGUUCUUGUUUUUGCUCGUGGGAAAAAUCGGAAAGGAUUCGCGUCUUCGUCUUCGCCGUCGUCGCCGAAGAAGAACAAAAAGAAAAGUUUUGAGCGAGAUAAUAAUGGAGGAAGCGAGGAAGAGGAUGAUCCAUUUGAGGCAUUGUUUAAUCUAUUGGAAGAAGAUUUGAAAAAUGAUAAUUCGUCAAUCGAUGAUGAGGAGAUCAGUGAGGAAGAGUUGAAUGCAUUAGCAGACGAGUUAGCUCGAGUAUUGGGUGGUGGUGACGAUGAUGAUGAUGCCAUUGACUUGUUUGGUUCAGCCACUGCUGAUGUUGUGGAUGAUCAAGAUGAAAAUGAAGAUGAAGAUGAUAAUAAUGAUGAUGAUGAUGAAGAUGAUGAUGACAGUGAAGAAGAAGAUGAAAGACCGACUAAGCUGAAGAAUUGGCAACUUAGAAGAUUGGCUUAUGCAUUGAAAGCUGGCCGUCGUAAAACUAGUAUAAAAAAUCUGGCAGCUGAGGUUUGUCUAGACAGGGCUUAUGUUCUUGAAUUGCUUCGUGACCCACCUCCGAAGCUUCUAAUGCUAAGUGCUACACUACCAGAUGAAAAACCGCCAGUAGCAGCUCCUGAAAACUCCUCACCUGAUCCAACUCCAGUGGAAUCAUCAUCAGCUGAAGAAGAUGUUGUGGUCGAACCUGUGGAAAAAGUAAAAGAUGAAGCAGUCCAUGUGAUGCAACAAAGAUGGUCUGCUCAGAAAAGAGUGAAGAAAGCUCACAUUGAAACACUAGAAAAAGUUUACAGAAGAUCAAAACGACCCACUAAUGCGGUGGUUAGCAGCAUUGUUCAAGUGACGAAUCUUCCAAGGAAGCGAGUUUUGAAGUGGUUCGAAGAUAAACGAGCAGAGGACGGAGUUCCAGAUAAGCGUGCUCCAUAUCAAGCUCCUGUUUGAUUUUAAUGUUUCCAUUGAGAUGGGCGAAUGAUUUGCUUUCUGGAUUCUCAGAAACUCAUCAAGGACAUUCUUUUGGUAAUACGAGGUGUGUUUAUAUUAGUUACUGUCGAAUGGUGUCUGUUUAGCUAAGAAAUUUUGAAUACUGUAACUUACUGAGAAACAGUGUCGGAUACAAUCUUUUGACUUCGUCCUCUACUCUGUUAGUGUAGAUUAUCCCUAAAAUCCA